AAAAUAUUAACAGUAUCUGUGUAUGCAUGUUCAUUAAUUGUUCUUGUAGCUAGGCUUUUUUUUCCGUCCCCAAUAACAGUGCUGCUUUUGUUUCUUCAGCUCGAGAAACUUGUGUCGAAGGACUCCUUUAACUAUGAAAUAAUUUGCUUUUAUUACUAUCUCCAAUUCCAUUUGCAUAUGCAAUUAUUAGAAGCUGCAGAAUAUGCAAAAAGGAAAGGAGUGGUGCUGAAAGGCGACCUACCUAUUGGAGUUUCAAGAGAUAGUGUUGAUACCUGGGUCUAUCCAAAUCUGUUCCGCAUGGACACUUCCACUGGUGCACCUCCAGACUAUUUUGACAAAAAUGGGCAGAAUUGGGGAUUCCCCACUUAUAAUUGGGAAGAAAUGUCUAAGGAUAAUUAUGCUUGGUGGCGAGCUCGUUUAACCCAGAUGGGUAAGUACUUUACAGCUUAUAGGAUUGAUCAUAUAUUGGGCUUCUUUAGAAUAUGGGAGCUUCCUGAUCAUGCUGUGACUGGCCUCUGUGGGAAAUUUAGGCCAUCUAUACCUAUUAGCCAGGAAGAGCUUGAGUCAGAAGGAUUAUGGGAUUUUGACCGCUUGUGUCGUCCAUAUAUUCGGCUGGAGUUGCUAAAGGAAAAAUUUGGGGAUUCGUGGACUAUUGUUGCUUCAAAUUUCUUAAAAGAGUAUAAAAAAGAUUUUUAUGAGUUCAAAGAGGAGUGCAAUACCGAGAAAACACUCUCAUCCAAACUAAAGCUAUUAUUAGAGAGAUCCAUGCUCACGGAGGGCGAAGAGAAACUUAGACGGGAUCUCUUUGAUCUUUUACAGGAUGUGGUCUUUAUCAAAGACCGAGAAGAUCCAAGAAAGUUUUAUCCUCGUUUCAAUGUUGAAGACACUUUGAGUUUCAAGGAUUUAGAUCAGCACAGCAAAAGUGUUGUGAAAAGAAUGUAUUAUGAUUACUACUUCCACCGACAAGAAAGCAUGUGGCGUCAAAAUGCUUUGAAGACUCUGCCUGUUCUUAUGAAUGCAUCUGAUAUGCUCACUUGUGGGGAAGAUCUUGGCCUUAUUCCUGCAUGUGUUGCUCCUGUCAUGCAAGAGCUGGGUCUAAUAGGAUUAUGCAUCCAACGCAUGCCAAGUGAACCUGGAAGAGAAUUUGGUAUUCCUUCAGAAUACAGCUAUAUGACGGUAUGUGCUCCAUCAUGUCAUGAUUGCUCCACACUGCGUGCCUGGUGGGAAGAAGAUGAAGGAAGGAGGCGUCGGUUUUUCCAACAUGUUGUGGGGUCCGAUGAAUUGCCACCUGAUCAGUGUACACCUGAAAUUGCCUACUAUAUCUUGCAGCAGCAUGUUGAGUCACCAUCAAUGUGGUCCAUUUUUCCUCUCCAGGAUUUGCUGGCACUCAAAGAAGAGUACACGACUCGCCCUGCAUUCCAGGAGACCAUAAAUGAUCCCACGAAUCCAAGACACUACUGGCGAUACCGUGUGCAUGUAACAAUGGAGUCCUUGCUCAAGGAUAAAUCGCUUAUAAAUGCAAUCAAAGAUCUCAUCUGUGGUAGCGGAAGAUCUUACCCUAAAAAAGAGCUCGAUACGAAUCAAGGAAGUGAAGCAGAAAGAGUUCCACUUGAAUUGCAGGAAAAUGGGGCCUUCGAAACAGCAGUAGCAAUUGUGUGAAUUUCAAUAGGACUCCUUGGAAACAAAGCCAAAUAAUAAGAACUUGCUUUCAAGAAAAGCAAAUAGUACCAAACACAUUGUACUGCAUCGAAUUUCUUGACCAUUCUAAAUUCAUUCCAUUCCUUGUAAAAUAUCUUCUUUCAUCAAGGGAGAGUAAUUAAACAUCAGUAGCAGUAAAUGAAGCUUGCCAAAUAAUCAUCUAACAUUUUCUUUUACUCCCUAUAAUAACAGCAGUUCUCUUAC